GGCUCACCCAGGGCUCCUGUAGCUCAGGGGGCAGGCCUGAGCCCUGCGUCUGACCCACGACCGUCCAGCCCCCCCGACGGGGCACCUGGUCCUGAGGGGGAUCCGCAUUGAUCCCCACCGAAGCAGGGGAUCUGACCAACCUGGAGCUCAGCUGGAUGUUACAGGCGUGCAAAAUGGAAGGGUUUCCCCUCGUCGCCCCUCCAUCGGAUGAGCUGGUUACUUAUGAAUCAGAACUAUACCAACGUCAAACACAUGACUACUAUUCCUUGAUUGGUGGUGAUGGAGACAGCCAUAGCGAUCACUAUUGGGAUUUCUCCACACACCAUGUACACAGCGAGUUUGAGAGCUUCCCUGAGAACCACUUCACGGAGCUGCAGAGCGUGCAGCCCCCGCAGCUACAGCAGCUCUACCGCCACAUGGAGCUGGAGCAGAUGCACGUCCUUGACACCCCCAUGGCACCGCCCCAUGCCAGCCUCAGUCACCAGGUUUCCUACAUGCCCCGGGUGUGCUUCCCUUAUCCACCCUUGUCCCCAGCCCACCAGCAGAGCUCAGAUGAGGAGGAGGGUGAGAGGCAGAGCCCUCCACUGGAGGUGUCUGAUGGAGAAGCUGAUGGCUUGGAGCCUGGGCCAGGCCUUCUGCAUGGGGAGACAGGCAGCAAGAAGAAGAUUCGUUUGUACCAGUUCCUGCUGGACCUGCUGCGUAGCGGAGACAUGAAGGACAGCAUCUGGUGGGUGGACAAGGACAAAGGUACCUUCCAGUUCUCGUCCAAGCACAAGGAGGCGCUGGCGCACCGCUGGGGCAUCCAGAAGGGAAACCGCAAGAAGAUGACCUACCAGAAGAUGGCGCGCGCGCUGCGCAACUACGGCAAGACGGGCGAGGUGAAGAAAGUCAAGAAGAAGCUCACUUACCAGUUCAGCGGCGAGGUGCUGGGCCGUGGGGGCCUGGCUGAGCGGCGCCUCCCGCCCCACUGAUCGCCUGCAGAGCCCGCCAGGCUCCCGGCCCCCGCCGGCCAUAGCAUUAACCUGUCGCCCGGCCCGGACACAGGGAGGACAUUCCCAGGGCCGAGGCAGGACUGGGGACCCGGCCUCGCCCCGCCAUGCCCCGCCUGGCCGGCCCCGCCCGCUUCGCCUCCCACCAGGACUCUAGCCAGGCCCAAGGGCUGCCUGGGCCUCGGACCUCACCCGAGGGUCAGCCUGGCUUAGUGGCCACGGUGCUUCUUUGGGAGUCUGGCGUUGGCACCUUUUUGUAUAUUGAAUGCUUUUUAAAAAGCUCUUCAUCUUCCCACCCCACCCCCCAUCCCCAUUAGCCUCAAAAGUAAAAUUAUUGCUGGCUAUUCUCCCA